CAAAAGCUCGACAACAAAGGAUCAGCUUGAGGACCCGGGCAGACACGGAAGAGGAAGUGAUUGAAAAGUCACAGGACAGCUGGACACCGCGACUGUCGCUCCGCAGCGGGACCCCAGGACGCCGGGCGCGGGGACUGGGCGGGCUGCACCGCGCUCUGCUCGCGCACCGACCGCCAGCGCCCUGCAGCCGGCAGCCAGCAUCCGCGCGGCGUGCGGCCUCCCCAUUGGCCGGCGUGGAGCCGCAGGCCGGCCCUUCAGCCAAUCGCGGGCGGGAGGCGGAGCCUGGUGGUCCCCGCUGCUGGCCCGGGCUGGGCUCGCGCCCGGCAGAUGCUCUGAGAUGCAGGAGCCGCUGCUGGGUGCCGAGGGCCGCGACUAUGACACCUUCCCCGAGGAACCGCCGGCGCCAGGGCCCGGAGAGAGGCCCGGGGCCUUGCAGAGCAAAAAGGUGUUCCUGGCCACCUUCGCUGCGGUGCUGGGCAAUUUCAGCUUCGGCUACGCCCUGGUCUACACGUCCCCUGUCAUCCCCGCCCUGGAACACUCCUCCGACCCAGAUCUGCGGCUGACCAAAACCCAGGCGUCCUGGUUCGGGUCCAUCUUCACCCUGGGUGCUGCGGCCGGAGGCCUGAGCGCUAUGCUCCUCAACGACCUGCUGGGCCGGAAGUUGAGCAUCAUGUUCUCUGCCUUGCCCUCUGUGGUGGGCUACGCGCUCAUGGCCGGUGCCCACGGGCUCUGGAUGCUGCUGCUGGGGCGGAUGCUGACGGGCUUUGCUGGGGGUCUCACAGCCGCCUGCAUCCCGGUGUACGUGUCUGAGAUCGCUCCCCCUGGCGUUCGGGGAGCCCUGGGGGCCACACCGCAGCUCAUGGCAGUGUUUGGAUCCCUGUCCCUCUACGCCCUGGGCCUCCUGCUGCCCUGGCGCUGGCUGGCCGUGGCCGGAGAGGGGCCCGUGCUCAUCAUGGUCCUGCUGCUCAGCUUUAUGCCCAACUCCCCGCGCUUCCUGCUGUCACGGGGCCGGGAGGAGGAGGCUCUGCGCGCACUGACCUGGCUGCGCCACACCGCUGACACCCAGGCCGUGCGCUGGGAGUUCGAGCAGAUCCAGAACAACGUCCAGCGACAGAACAGCCGCAUGUCUCUGGCGGAAGCCCGGGACCCCCACAUGUUCCGGCCCACCCUCAUCGCCCUGCUGAUGCGCUUCCUGCAGCAGCUGACAGGCAUCACGCCCAUCCUGGUCUACCUGCAGCCCAUCUUCAACAGCACGGCCGUGCUGCUGCCCCCUGAGGAUGACGCAGCCAUUGUGGGGGCUGUGAGGCUCCUGUCCGUGCUGAUCGCUGCCCUCACCAUGGACCUGGCCGGCCGCAAGGUUCUGCUGUUUGUGUCAGCAACCGUCAUGUUUGCUGCCAACCUGACACUGGGGCUGUACGUGCAAUUUGGCCCAAGGGCUCUGGCCCCCAAUGGCACUGUGGGCCUGGAAAACAUGCCCUUGGGGGCCACCGAGCAGCCCCCAGCCACACCCAGCAGCUACCUCACCCUGGUGCCUCUGCUGGCCACCAUGUUCUUCAUCAUGGGCUAUGCCAUGGGCUGGGGGCCCAUCACCUGGCUCCUCAUGUCCGAGAUCCUGCCCCUGCAGGCCCGCGGUGUGGCCUCAGGGCUGUGUGUGCUGGCCAGCUGGCUUACGGCCUUUGCCCUCACCAAGUCCUUCCUGCUUGUGGUGAAUGCCUUCGGCCUGCAGGUGCCUUUCUUCUUCUUUGCGGCCAUCUGUCUGGUGAGCCUGGUGUUCACAGGCUGCUGUGUGCCGGAGACCAAGGGCCGCUCGCUGGAGCAGAUCGAGUCCUACUUCCGCACAGGGAGGAGGUCCUUCCUGCGCUAGGCAGAGGCCGCUAGGACAUGCACAACGCCACCCUGCAACCAGCAGCUGACAGGAGGCCCUGCUGCCCAUGAUGCUGCAUAUGCAUGCUGAGACCUGCCUGGGAGGAGGUGGCAUGCGUCAAAGGAGGGCACACGUGGGACCCAGGGACAAGACCCUGCUGGGCUACCUCAGGCCUGGCUCCUGGCUCACGUUCAAGGGACUAUGCCCAAGAGCAAGAACAGGACCAGAUGACAAGAUGGCCCCACACAGGGACAUGGUUCCAUCACCCUGUUCUGAUCCCUUGGCCACCACUGGGAACACUACAGACUUCGAAGGCCAGGGCGCAGCAGCCUGCGAGGUCAGUCUGGCUCCAAUAUGCAAACUGUUCAUAGUAUUUAUCAAAAUAAAGAAACUGGACCCGCACCCCCGGAGGAAGGUGUGGGUCUACUCAGAAGAGACCCCUCCCCAGCAGCCACCCGGGUCAGCUGGGCCUGCUGCCCUCCUGACAGGCCUCCAUGGGCCCCAGAGAAGGGGGUGGGCCUGCCCAGCCUGGUCCUCCUGUCUGUGACCUCCAGCAAGUGACUCCUGGGAGCAGUGUGGGCUGUGCGCCCCCACCCUUCGGGGGACACAGAAGGUCGCAGGCAGCGUGAGCGGCCUUCGACAGCCCCAUUUGUUGCUCAGGAUGCAAACCAGCCGCCUGAGGGAGGCACAGGAAGUUGGAACCCAGACUCUGCCACAGGCUGGCCAGCCUGGGUGCCCGCCCCGGGGAGCUGCUCACCCCCACCAAGUUUCCCCUCCUGCUGCAGCCCCCAAGGUGCAGGCAGAAGGGGCCCCGGAGUCCCAUGCCUGGGCCAGGAGGAGUAGGCAAAGUCCUUGCUCCUCCUGGAAGCAAGAUGGGAAUCUG